GACGGGGGGGGGGGAGAACCGUGAAGGUUUUCCUUAAACACAUUUUAUUUCAUGUGGAACAUGGACGCACUGCUUUUUUAUUGAUCGCUUAAAGGGUGUUUGCGUUUGAAUCUUUCAUCCGGAUUUACCAAUAUGGGUUUUUGAAUUCAUGUACCGUGUGCUGUAAUCUGACACUAUACUUAACAUAAAGUGCGAAUGUCCUGUGUAUCCACUCUGCUCCUAUGUGAAUUAAUAAGAACGACAUUGUGCACUAUGCUUCCUAUGCCCAUGACAUUUCAUUUUGAAUGCUUCUUCUCUUACUUUCACUUUGAUUUCCCUUGACUCGCUGACCUCUGCAAAACGUCGAUACAAUGAAACCAAAUAGCAUGAAAACCGCCCGUCUUUAUGUGAAGAGGAAACCUGAGUGUGUGUCCCCGUGUCCUCCUCUCCCCAGCGCCAUCACACUGGAGAACACGCUGGUCAUCCUGUCCACCGUGGCGCCCGACGCCGGGCGCUACUACGUCCAGGCGGUCAACGACAAGAACGGCGAGAACAAGACCAGCCAGCCAAUCACCUUGUCUGUGGAGAAUGUGGGAGGUCCAGCAGACCCCAUUGCCCCCACCAUCAUCAUCCCUCCCAGGAACACCAGCGUGGUCACCGGGACCUCGGAAGUCACCAUGGAGUGUGUGGCCAACGCCAGGCCGCUCAUCAAACUGGGCAUCUCGUGGCGGAGGAACGGCGUGCUGGUGACCUCGGGCCUGAGCGACUACAACCGGCGUCUGACGGUGCUGAGCCCGGCGGCGAGCGACGCGGGAUUCUACGAGUGCGAGGCCACGCUGCGGAGUAGCAGCGUGCCCUCCGUCAGCUCCGGCGCCUUCCUGCACGUGCUCGAGCCUCCGCAGUUUGUGAAGGAGCCGGAGAGACACAUCACCGCCGAGAUGGAGAAAGUGGUUGACAUCCCGUGCCAAGCUCGAGGAGUGCCGUCUCCAGACAUGGUGUGGUACAAGGACGCGGUGCCCAUCAGCCCGGUGAAGAUGCCCAGGUACCGGGUUCUGGCGGGCGGGAGCCUGCAGGUCAACGGCCUCCUGCCCGACGACACCGGCAUGUUCCAGUGCUUCGCCAGGAACCCGGCCGGAGAGGUCCAGACCAACACCUACCUGGCCGUGACCAGUAUUGCUCCCAACAUUACAACCGGACCCUCUGACAGCACGGUGAUUGAUGGGAUGUCUGUGAUCCUGCACUGCGAGACCUCCGGAGCCCCCAGACCUGCUAUCACCUGGCAGAAAGUGUCAAAUAACUAUCAUUUCAAACUCACUCAGCCCGGCCCCAGCCCCACCAGCCGUCCCACGGUGCCCCAGCAGGAGGUGCGUGCCCGCCGGGUCCUGUUGUCCUGGGAGCCGGGCAGCGACGGCCUGUCCCCGGUGCGCUACUACACGGUGCAGCUGAGGGAGCUGCCACACCACUGGACCGUCCACUCGGCCUCCGUCAGCCACGAGGCCAGCUCCUACGUGGUGGACCGGUAGGCCUCCCACCCCCCAGCCUACCUCCAGUCCUUCACUUCCUACCAGUUCAAGGUGAAGGCCACCAAUUGACAUCGGAGACAGUGAUACAGCGAGCAGAGCGAGGCCAUCACCACUCUACAAGACGCUCCCGACGAAGCGCCGGCGAUCCUGUCCGUCACGCCACACACGACGACCUCCGUGCUGAUUCGCUGGCAGGCCAGGGCACCCUCCGGUGGAGAGAAGAUCAACGGCAUCCUGCUGGGCUUCCGGAUCCGCUUCCGGGAGCUCCUGUACGACCGGCUCCGGAGCUACUCCCUCCGCACCGUCACCAGCCCCUCCACCACCUGGACCGAGCUGACGGCCCCGUACAGCAUCCGGAACCUGAGUGACCCUGGCCUCACGCAGUACGAGCUGGACAACCUGAGUAAACACAAGCGCUACGAGAUCCGGGUCAGUGUGUUCAACGCCGUGGGCGAGGGUCCCGCCAGCGCCCCGCAGGAGGUGUUUGUGGAGAAGCCGGUACUUCCCACGGCCCCGCCCCAGAACCUGGCCAUCCAGGCGGCCACCGCGACCCAGCUGGACGUGGCCUGGGAGCCCCCUCCCGUGGACGCGCAGAACGGGGACAUCCAGGGCUACAAGGUCUACUUCUGGGAGUUCCAGCGCAAGAACGACACCGAGCGGCUCCGCACCCUCUUCAUGCCGGAGGGCGGGGUGAAGCUGAAGAACCUGACGGGCUACACCUACAUGAUCAGCGUGGCCCCCUUCAACGCCGCGGCGACGGGCCCGGAGCCCCCCGCCAGGGGGCGCACGCAGCAAGCCGCGCCCUCGGCUCCGGGCUUCAUCCACUUCAGUGAGCUCACCACCACCUCGGUCAACGUGUCCUGGGGGGAAACCCACUCACCAAACGGCAUCCUGGAAGGCUACCGUCUGGUGUACGAGCCCUGCAGCCCCGUAGACGAGUCCUCAGUGGCCUGUGCCGACUGUCUCCACUCCCCCUCCCCCCCAGGGGUCAGUAAGACCGUGACGGUGGACGUGAAGGGCGGCGGGCCCCUGUGGCUCAAGCUCAAGGACCUGGCGGACGGGGUCACCUACACCUUCCGCAUCCGGGCCAAGACCUUCAUGUACGGCCCCGAGGUGGAGGCCAACAUCACCACCGGCCCCGGAGAAGGGGCCCCAGGACCCCCCGGGGAGCCCUUCAUCUCCCGCUACGGCUCGGCCCUCACCAUACACUGGUCCAGUGGGGACCCGGGCCGCGCCCCCAUCUCCCGCUACGUCAUCGAGGCCAGACCCUCAGACGAGGGCUUUUGGGAUAUUCUGAUCAAGGACAUCCCCAAGGAAGUGACAUCACACACCUUUAACAUGGACAUCCUCAAGCAGGGGGUCAGCUACGACUUCCGGGUCAUCGGGGUCAACGACUAUGGCUACGGCUCUCCUAGCUUGCCCUCUCCGUCCAUAUCUGCCCAGAAGGUGGCGCCCUUCUACGAGGAGUGGUGGUUCUUGGUAGUUGUGGCCCUCGUCGGCCUCAUCUUCAUCCUGCUCCUGGUUUUCAUCCUCAUCAUCAGAGGGCAGAGCAAGAAGUACGCCAAGAAGUCCGAGUCAGGCAACUCAAACUGCAACGCCCUCACCCAUGGUGACAUGGUCAGUCUGGACGAGGGCCGCUUCCCAGCGCUGGAGCUGAACAACAGGAGGCUGUCCGUCAAGAACUCCUUCUGCCGGAAGAACGGCGUCUACACAAGGUCCCCCCCGAGGCCCAGCCCCGGCAGCCUGCACUACUCGGACGAGGACGUCAGCACCAAGUACAACGACCUCAUCCCCGCCGAGAGCAGCAGCCUCACCGAGAAGCCUCCGAGAUCUCGGACUCGCAGGAGGCGUUGGUGUUCUCGUAUGGGACAGGGGGCCUGCGCACGCUUCCACUGCAUCUGGGCAGCGACAGUGAGUACGAGGUGGACCCCAACCGCCAGAAGACCCACUCCUUCGUCAACCACUACAUCAGCGACCCCACCUACUACAACUCGUGGCGGCGCCAGCAGAAGGGCAUCUCCCGCGCCCAGGCCUACAGCUACACCGAGUCGGAGUCGGGCGACCCCGACCACUGCGCCCCGCCCCCACUGCCGCCCCUCCCUCCUCUGCCCCCCCAGCUCAGCUCCCCCAGCCCCCAGCCCCAGGGCCCGCCCCAGCCCCAGGGCCAGAGCCAGGGCCAGCCCCAAGGCACCCCCCAGGGCCAGGGCAGCCUGUUCAGGCCCAAAGGGAGCCGGACUCCCACCCCCUCCCAGCAGUGCUCCAACCCGCCCAGCCAGCAGAGCACCCUGUACCGGCCCCCCAGCAGCCUGGCCCCCGGCUCUCGGGCCCCCAUCGCCGGCUUCUCCUCCUUUGUGUGAUGAUGAUGAUGACGAUGAAGAUGACGGUUAUGAUGUCGAUAGAGACUAAAGGGUUGAAAGUAUAGAUUAAAGUAUUCCUGGAGUGAUCCAGGCGAAUGGUAUUGGAGGAGAACGUCAUAUGACAGGCAUUUAAUCAAACCAAUCAAACGUCAGUUAGCUUUGUGUUUUAAAGAUGUUUUGUUCCACGGUUGCUUUCUUUUUUUACUAUCGGUUAUGUUCAGUUUUCUUCUUCCAUUAUUUUUGUUUGAAAUGUGUUUGUUUUUUUUAAGACAUUCAAGAUAAAAGUACAUAAUCCAUUUUUCUUUUUCUUUCUUUGCGUGCGCGUGUGCCAGUGGAUCUUCUGAAGACAGUACAUGAGAUAAUAUUUACAUCAUCUGUCCUAGUGCGAUUUGUUUUGCUUUUGUCGUCCAAGCGAUUUUGCCUGACAUGUUUUGCAUCAACUCUUUUAGUUUUUCCUUUUGCGUUUGCGAUAUUCUUUCUGACACAACAUAUAAAGGAACUGUUCUGUACAAAGAUUUUUUUCUUCAAAGCCCCACCGAUCAAGAGCUUAUCUAGCCUGUUGGAGUCUUCUCUGAAUCCAUCGAGGGAGACCUGAGGCUACCAGGCCGCCAUACAGUCGGAGUAAAGACAUGUGUCCAUUUGCACGGAUUCAAACUGACAACAUGGAUUGUAAACGGAAGCGGUGAAGGGACAAUUAUCAAUGACAAAUCUAGGCCAAAUCAAAUCAAUGCCAAUGAGUCGGCCUUUGUACAUUGAUCAGGGAUCGUUUCUUGUGUUCCCCCCCCCCCCCCCCAUCGAGAAACACUUUUUCUGGUGUGGAGCCUGCCCUGUCACACUGCACACAGACCCUGUUCAACUCUGACUCUUCUGGUGUGGAACCUGCCCUGUGACCAUGGCACACACAAACACACACACAAACACACACACUGUCGAUCUGACUCUCCUGCUGGGGAACUUCCCCUGUGAGCACGACCCACACACACACACACACACACACACUGUCCAUCUGACUCUCCCAGGCCACGCGCCUGAACCCAGGACAUGAGAUGGAAUCACAUGACAUGUAUAUCUCUAAAAGUUUUAAGUGUUACAAUCUGUUUCGUGGAGUGUGUGUGUGUGUGUGUGUGUGUGACGGUGGAUC